UAUGAAGAAUCAAGUGGCGAAAUUCAAUGAUCUAAGGUUCGUGGGACGCAGCGGCAGAGGGAAGAGCUUCACACUCACAAUUACUGUUUCUACGAAUCCGCCACAUAUUGCCACCUACAAUAAAGCGAUCAAAGUGACAGUUGAUGGACCGCGUGAGCCACGUUCAAAGACCAUGUUGUCGCUUUUAGGACAACAGCAACAAUUCCAUUUCGCAUUCGGACAACGACCGUUCCAUUUCUCAGCCGAUCCAUUGUCGGGAUUCCGUAUGCCGCCGAUUGGAAAUUGUCAAAGUGCUGGUAAUACACACUGGGGUUACGGCUCAGCAUCUGCAUACUCACCAUAUUUGGCUGGUAGUGGUCUUUCCUCCUGCACAACUCCAUCAUCGGCUCAAUUUAAUAAUCCAGCACUUGGCUUUACCUGCUCCUCCAACGAUCAGUCAAACAAUCAGGACUUUACUGGCGGCACAAAUCGCGAUUGUGUACCAAUGCUACCCGACUCUACGGCCACCGAUUUGGAUCAGCAUUUGAGUAACCUGGUCGGCUCUACCACCGGACAAAUGACACAUCACAGCCUGCUGGGCUCGAGCGGUCAAUCGGCAAUUUCCUCCACCGUCAAUGGCGUCGGCGUCGGUUCGAAUUCGAUUUUGGUGCCACGCUAUCAUCAUAGCAAUACCAACAACGAUUACAAUGUACACUCCAGCCAAAAUGGGCCACGAAGUUUGAGCGAUUCCUCGCAAGCCGAAUCGCCGGUACAGGAAGAUCUGCUCACUACGAAUACACCAAAUUUAGGAGGUGGUGGCGGAGCAGGCGCUGGCGGUGGCGGCGCUGGUGCCAAUGGCUCAAACAACGGCAGCGCUAAUGGCAGCAACGGUGCCGGCGGUGGCAGCGGAUCUAACUCUUCAGCGGCAAACAAUUCGCUUGUCGGCGCCAACCAAAACUUUCCCGGGCUGGUAAAUCAGACACAGAACCCCGCCGUCUAUAGUGGUGGUAGCAGCGCCGGCGUUGGUGUCGGCGUAGGCGUGGGCGGAGGAGGUGCAGGCGCAACCGGUGCUGGCUGUAAUGGUUCACUCUAUCCCGUCCUGCCGGCAAGUCUACUCUACUCUCAACUCUACACUGCGGCCAAUCAGACACAUGGCUUUCACUCGCACGCACUAACACCCACACACGCCUCGCCCAACUCGUCGGUACACGGCGCCGAACUGCAAAGCGUUAUGGAUCAUAUCAACAAUGUGGGCGUGGGAGUGGGUGUGGGCGUACGUCAGCAGCACAACAUUAUGGCCGGUGGUGGUGUAACGCAUCCGGGUGAUCUGACGUUGAUCGGCAAUUGUGGUGCGUCGGUGCGAAAUAUCGAGGAUGGCAGCAAUACGCAACGACAGGUCGCCGCAUUGGCUGCACAUCGCGGACACCACACACCCACCGAUAAUGGGGGCAGCGUGUGGCGGCCAUAUUGA